GGCGUUCCGGCGGCGGCCCCUCGCGUCCCCGCGUUGCAUACGGCUAAUCCACGUCCCCCUCCACCCCCCGCUCCACCCCACGCGCGGGCCGUGCUGUCUGCGGGGCAGCCCCGGGGCUGCAGCACCCUGUGAACACUGCAGGGGGCAGAAGCAGCCCCGCUGGGUGAGUGCCCACAGCGGGAGCCCUCCUCACGCCUUGCUGGGCUCUAUAGGGUGGGCUUUGCCCCGUCCCCUCACGCUGCUCCCGGGGCCCAGGCGGUGCACGUGCCCGCGGGCAGAGAUGCUGGGAGGCGGGAUCUCUCCAGCUCGGCACAGCUGUGUUAUUAAUUAGCACGCUUACCAGCCUGGCCGCCACAUAAUUAGCACAUUCAGGCAGCCUAGUGCCCCGUGCCAGCUCCCGUACCUGCCUGCCAGGCUUUCCCCUCUCGUCCUGCACCAGAGCACAGCCCCGUCUCGCCCCGUAGUGCCAGGCAGCAGACCCCAGCCUGUGCCAUUCAUUCCCUCUGCCUCACGGAGUCUGAGCCGCAGCUGGAAAAUAGAGCCCAGCUGGAACCGAUUGCCUUGGGUCUGGUUUCAAACCCCACAGCGUGCAGUGAGGUUUCCUCAUUUCUCAGCCCGGCUAGCCCUGCCCCGCUGGAAAAAAGGGCCAUGAUCACUGCGGUUUGUCCUUGGAGCUCCCGUUCCAGGAGUCUGGAGCUGGUGGUGGGAGCUCCUCCGCUCCUCCUUGCUUGAAGAUUGAUUCUUGGCUCCGUUGCUUGCAAGGAAACAUCUGAAAAGCUUUUAGAGCCUUGGGAAAGCAGAAGGUACUCUGAAAAGUAAGGAAUCCUUAGGAUGUAUUAUUUUUGACAAUCUCAUCGUUUGGGGCCUGACUCAUGCCUUUUGAAUGUUUGGGACAGGCAGCGAAGGGGAGAAGUCGGUUUACUCAGCAGAGGCAGCACAGCCAAGCAGGAGCAGGAGCCGGAGAGCAGCGACGGAGGGAGCUGAGCGCUGCUCCCAGCCCGGCUCCAUCCCGCAGGGGCUCCGGCAGCCCCCCGUCCGGCACAGUGGGGCUGUCUGGCCCUGGCAUGGCACAGGAGGCAGCACCCGUCCUGCUGGUGUUCCUCACCAGGCUGGUGUCGGCCACGUGGCAUGAAGGGUCUGGCUACUAUACUGCUGAGAGCCACACCAAUGAAGUGUAUGUGGAAGAAGCACCCCCUGAGCCCGCCCUGGAUUACCGCCGAGUGCCCCAGUGGUGUGCCACGCUGAACAUUUACCGUGGAGAGGCGACCUGCUACUCGCCCCGGGGGGGCAACUACCGCAGCAGCCUGGGGACACGCUGUGAGCUGAGCUGUGCCCGUGGCUACCGACUGGUGGGUCGCAGUGCUGUGCAGUGCUUACCCAGCCGCCACUGGUCUGGCAUGGCGUACUGCCGACAGAUCAGAUGCCACAUGCUGCCAGCGGUGCUGCGGGGCUCAUAUGUGUGCUCAGCUGGGGUGCAGAUGGAUUCCCGCUGUGACUACACCUGCCUGCCUGGCUACCAGCUGGAGGGUGACCGAAGCCGCACAUGCAUGGAAGAUGGGCGCUGGAGUGGGAACGAGCCAAUCUGUGUAGAUGUUGAGCCUCCCAAGAUCCGCUGCCCUGAGUCCCGUGAGCGGAUAGCAGAGCCAGGCAAGCUGACUGCUACAGUAUAUUGGGAUCCACCUCGUGUGAAGGACUCUGCCGAUGGCAUCAUCAAGAGAGUGACAUUGCGGGGUCCAGAGCCUGGGUCUGAGUUCCCUGAAGGAGAGCACGUGAUCCGCUAUACUGCCUAUGACCAGGCAUACAACCGAGCCAGCUGCAAGUUCAGGAUUCGUGUCCAAGUGAGACGCUGUCCUGUCCUGAAGCCUCCACAGCACGGCUACCUGUCUUGCACCUCUGAUGGCAACAACUAUGGUGCCACAUGCGAGUAUCUGUGCGAUGGGGGCUACGAGCGCCAGGGUACCUCCCUACGGGUCUGUCAGUCCACCCAGCAAUGGACAGGCUCCCACCCCCUCUGUGCACCCAUGCAGAUCAACACUGCUGUGAACUCAGCAGCCAGCCUGCUGGAUCAGUUCUACGAGAAACGCCGGCUCCUUGUUAUCUCAGCACCCGACGCUGCUAACCGCUACUACAAGAUGCAGAUCUCCAUGUUGCAGCAAGCCACCUGUGGGCUGGACCUGCGUCAUGUUACCAUCAUUGAGCUGGUGGGGCAGCCUCCACAUGAAGUGGGCCGCAUCCGGGAGCACCAGCUGUCUGUCGGCAUCAUAGAAGAGCUCAGGCAGUUCCUGCACCUCACCCGCUCCCACUUCAACGUGGUGCUCCUGGACAAAGCAGGCACUGACCGUGAGCGCUACAUCUUGCCCAUCAGCCCUGAUGAGCUCUUUGACUUCAUCGACACCUACCUGCUGAGCGAGCAGGAGGCAGUUCAGCGGGCACAGCACGGGGACCCCUGUGAUUGAGGCAGCGUGGGGAGACCCCUGCCACGUGCCUUGGAGGACGGACAGCUAACUUUCUGCUUUUCUCGUCGCCCACCGUAGAGGAGGACUAGAGUGCCAAGGACUUCCAGGAGGAAGGGAGCCAUUCUCAGGCUGCUCUGGCACAGGGAGGGGAGCAGGAACAAGAGCCAUGUACUAGCAGUCACUGCACAACAGCCAGGGGCACCCUCUGGCCCCAGUCCUGACUGAGUGUGGAUCACAACAGGAGGUGCUGGAUUUUUUCUGUUCAAACCCCAGGGCAGGAGGGAGAAGAGGAGCCCAACAGGAGGAGAGACCACAGCCAAAUGAGCACCCCAGAUCCUGUGAAAGCUCCCAGAGCAGAAAAAGGAAGGGAGAGCAGGCAGGGUGACAUUAGACGCCUCUUUUGCAGCAGCUUCAUCCUCAUUGUGGCCGUCCUCACGUCAUACACAACUUAAACCCACGCUGUCCCCGCCUGGGCUCAGCCCUGCUGGCCAGGCACUGAUGCCAGGCUCCUGCCAGAGCCAGCAAAAAGCCUUCAUUAGAAGCAAAUGGCCCCAUGCUCAGUGAAGACAGUAACAGACAUCCAUUACAGAGGCUCAUACUCUACUUGCUUCUCCUUACACCCAGCAUCAUGGCACCCUUCCUGGGAAUUGUUUUGGCAGUAGAAUAUUACUUUGAAAUUAAUAAAUUUGUAGAAAAAGUCAGUUCAGCAUGGCCCCCACGAGUGUUCCCCAUAAUCCAACAGCUGGGGCAUGAGCUGGUCUGUUCUCUGCCUCUGGGUCCCAGUGCAAGCACCAUCCUUAGGGAGGAGGGUGGAAGAGACAAUAAGGGAGCAGGUUAUGAAACACAGAGGGUGGGAGGAAGAAAACUGGAGGGGAAAAAGGAAACCUAACCACAUUUCAAAGCAUUGUGCCUGUGGGGAAAGAAGGGAGGU